UUUGUUCCAAAAUACACAUGUGUUACAUGACUCACAUGUGUGUAAGAAGCAUUUUUAAAUCGCGGCGGAGACCAGCAGAGAUUACAGAGAUUUAUAAAAAUGGUUCCGAUAUGCGACACGUUGCGAAUUCUUCAUUUACCUCCGCAAAUUUCGAACGAUCGGCGCGAUGUGUUGUUACAAAAAUACGGUGCAAUAAAAACCAAAACAAUACGACUGUCGAACAAAUACACCGCGACCUUUGCCAAGUUCUCAUCUCCGCAAUUAGCAGCAGAAGCAUUGUUGCGUUUACAUCAGUUGAAUGUCAGAGGACAAUAUCUGACAGUCGAAUAUGCUCACAAGUCUAUUGAACAAUUUUCGGAACAAGACGUUCAGCAUGAAGUGUCAAAGAGCAAGGAUGAUACAAACGAGGAAACUGCCAGUAAAGCUCACAUACAAGCAUUCAUGCGGAAGUUGAACAAUUGGACUAUGAAUUAUGACUUCAGUCAAUUACCUCCUCCGAAUAUAAAAUAUAAGUAUCCACCACCGACAAAAACUACAUUAAUAAGAAUAGCUAUCAUGCUAAUAGAGGAACCAGUUUUUUACACACAGGUGCUGCAUUUAAUGAAUAAAAUGAAUUUGCCCCCUCCUUUUGAAGAAUUAGAAACAGAAUUUCCCACGUUGAGGGACAUUUAUAACAUGGAGAAGUACAAAGACAUCCUUGGUAUAGGAGAUGUGAAGAAAGAAGAGGAAGAGGAAGAGGAGUCCGAAUUAGAAUCAGAUGGGGAAGAUAAUGCGAGACCUUUGGAAAUCAUUCCUGUUAAACGAAAACGGCCGCAGUCCGCAAAACGAAUGAAGAUUCCCAAGUUUGUAAACCCCGCCAAAAACAUUACAAGUACUUCAUCCACGCAAAAAGUACUGAAACCAGAAGAAAUGUUCGAGCCUGUUGAACGUGGCGAGACUAAGAAUCUCAGAAUCGAAUUAAAAACUCUGGAUACAUCGUCAUUAGAAAUCGCAUCUGCUAAUCAAGAUAAUACCGUAACGAUAGAAGGUGGAUUUGGUUUAAUAUUUCCGACUAACAAAACUGAUGACGCGAAAGAUAGCACAGAUGAUGUAGAAACGCAGAAAAAUAAGUUUAUAACUUCCGAGGAAUUAGCAGCUAACAGAAUUUCUGCUCAUGAUCAACGAAUACUCCCCGUGUUCAAGAAUUAUCAUCCAGGCAAACCAUCCAAUCGCCUUUACAUAAAAAAUCUUGCGAAACAAGUGGAAAUCAAUGAUCUUCACUAUAUUUAUCAACGAUAUGUUAUCGUAGGAUUGAAAGAUGUUGAGAAUGAAUAUGAUGUAAGACUUUUGCAAGAAGGAAGAAUGAAAGGCCAAGCCUUUAUUACUUUACAAAAUAUUGUUCAAGCUCAAAUGGCCCUCGAAGAAACAAACGGAUAUAUAUUGAAAGAUAAGCCUAUGGUAGUACAAUUUGCCAAAGCUGUUAAAAGUUGAUACUGAUGCGUAGAUAGAGUGAUUCCUGCUUUGUGAAAGAACUAAAAGAGAAUUUUGUUAAUUAAAUAAAUUCGAACAUAAGUGCGGAAGUAUCCACGAAGCUUUAAGGAAAAAUUAUACUUGUCGAAGUUUGGGAACUUAUACGAAAAUAUCAAGAACAAACAUGACUUUGUGCACGACUAAAUCUCGUGCCGUGUUUAAGUAUGGCUUCACCUAUGAUGCUAAUAAAGCGUCCAGCGC